AUGGCGGACGAGCCGGCGCUGCCGGUGGCGGCGGGGAGGGACAAGGACGAGCGCCGCCGCUUGAUGGGCAGGUGCGCGCUCGCCGUCGUCGGCAUCAUGAGCACCCUCCUCGUCUACGGCGUCCUACAGGAAAAACUUAUGAGAGUUCCCUAUGGAGCAGAGAAGGAGUUCUUCAGAUACUCACUAUUUCUUGUUUUCUGUAACCGUAUCACCACAUCCAUGGUGUCUGCACUCGUGCUACUGGCCCUCAAGUAUGUGAGUUUCCCUGUCCAGACACUUGCCAAAUGUGCAAAGAUGAUUCCUGUUAUGAUUUGGGGAACGAUAAUUAUGAAAAAGAAGUACGGUGGAAAAGAUUACUUCUUUGCAGUCAUUGUGACCAUGGGCUGCUCAUUGUUCAUUCUAUACCCGGCAUCAAUGGAUGUUAGUCCACUUAAUAAAGGCAGAGAAAGUACUGUUUGGGGUGUUUCACUCAUGCUUGGUUAUCUUGGAUUUGAUGGUUUCACAAGCACCUUUCAAGACAAACUCUUCAAAGGGUAUGAGAUGGAAAUUCACAACCAAAUAUUCUACACGACAAUGUGCUCUUGUGUUAUUAGCUUGAGUGGGCUUAUUCUCCAGAAUCAUCUUCUUCCAGCUGUGGACUUUAUGGUUCGUCAUCCAGAUUGCUUCUAUGACGUCCUAAUCCUAUCCACUGUUGCAACGGCUAGCCAGUUCUUCAUAUCCUACACUAUCCGGACAUUCGGGGCUCUCACAUUCGCUACCAUCAUGACAACCAGACAGUUGGUGAGCAUACUACUGUCUUGCGUCUGGUUCGUGCAUCCCCUUAGCUGGAUGCAGUGGGUUGGAGCUGCCAUUGUAUUCGGAGCCCUGUAUGCGAAAACCUUCUCAAGAAACAAAACGCAGAAGGCCAUGGUCGCGAGCUCAUCGCCGCAGGGUUCUGUUCCAAAUGCUGCUAACAGUUGA